UGCCAAGUGAGCUUUUGCAUUGUGCAGUGCGAAAAUGGCGUCUCCGGUUGUGAUCGCUCUUUAUCGGUGUGGCAAUAUUUUUCGUUUGUGGCAGAGGGGCUUUCAAAAUUAAUAAUCUAACGACGUGGGUGAAGGGCGUUACUGCGGUCCACGCAGACGCUGCAGCGCGACGUAGAGGCUGGCAGGACGCUGUAUGACGCUGUCCGCUCGGGUGCCGUUGCCUCGUAUGCCGGCGUCAAGACCGAUUGGCAGCGCGAGCGCAUGUUCGUACGACGAUUGGAGGAUAUGGAGGUUCUUAAGCGACGGGGCAGGGGAGACAGAACAUUUGCGCGCAUUGUGCGCGCAGGGUUCACGCCGCCGGUAGAGGACAAAACAGCGUUGGACGCUCGUAUCGACGCCGCCUUCGACGCGCUGAAGCGUGUGGACGACCACAAUGCUCUGAUCCACGAGUUCAAGGAUCAAGGGAUUUUCGGACCCAAGGAACGCACGAAUGCGAUUGAGUUUCUGGUUGGAGAUGUGGUUGAAGUGAAAGGUGAAAAGCGAGGCGUGGUUUUUGCCUGGCACGUGACCACGGAUGAGGUUGAAGGACCUCGGGUCGUGUACGACAUUUUACCCCACAGUCCCGGCUUCAGCUUUGCUAGCAAACUGUACAAUGUGCCGCAAGGUGAAAUCCGGCUUGACGAGGCACCAAAGGCGGUUGUACAUCCAGCACUCUUGCUAUACUUCGACGGCUUCGACGGUACCCACCACAUCCCGUCCGACGCUUUGGCAGCUCGAUAUCCGAGUGACGUCACAAGGAAGCCUAGAGACGCCAAUGCCGUUGUUGCUACCCCGUCGAUCAUUCAACUCCAAUCUGCCGACGAAGAAAAUUUGCUGACGUACUUACGGUGUGACGAUAGCACCAUCGUCCAGUUUGCCAUGGCCAGUCUGGAGGGAAUGUGGCUCGGAGAAUGUGGACACAGUGCGCAAAACGAAGUGCAGCGUGCGGUGGAGUUUGCAAGUCAGAAGAAAUGGGACGAAGCUCGCGAAAUGCUUGAACAAGUAGUACAAGAUUUCCCGGUAUUUGCCUACGCCUGGAACAAGCUCGCCAUGGUGGAAUACCAAAGCGGCAACUUUGGCAAGGCACUCGGUCACUACGAGACGGCAAUCAAGUUGAAGCCACAUCUUUUCGAGGCUCUUGUCGGUCUCGGAACUUGCGCUACAAGACUCCAGCGAUGGAGUUUAGUACACCGCGCUGCCGUCCAGUUGCUGGAUGUGCAACCAAAGAACGACACUGCUCGGAUGCUGAUCGAACAAGCUGUAUACGCUACGUUGUAGGCAACAACACAAAGGCGUAAGGACACAAACUGCAUCAAAUUAAGGUUGCAAAAAGGUGCUUCCGACGACUCCUACUGCAAAAAUGUUCGCUAGACCUAUCGAGAAAACCCUGGCAAAACACAAAAACCUUAGUUUACAUAAGUAUUUGCUGCUCAUACAGCGACUGCGCGUGCGCUACGCGAAUAAUAUAAGUCGACGUUAACGUCGAAUGAGAGGCGCCUUGCUUCUCGUCGCGAGCAACUCUCCACUUG